AUGGCGAAGGACAGCGUGGCUGCUUCUCCCAAUUUAUUUGCAUUGGUCGGUCGGGAUGUGGCGAAGCAGCUCUUGGAAAAGGCCAGUGGCCUGGUCGGUCUUGCACGUCUUUCUGACGCGGCAAUUCGCCACCUCGGCCUCGAUGACGCGACGCAGUUUCAGCGCGCCAGGCACCUUCAUGCUGGUUGCAUUGUCGAGACGCCCAUCUUUGUAGAGUUCUUUGGCAGCGACGAGGUGCGGGCAGAUGACCUUCAGGCGGCGAAAAAGGCAAUUGCCGUUUUGGCCCGCAAGUGUAGCAUCGUCGCAAAGGCGGACCUCGCGGGCGGCUCUGCAUCUGGCGCGCUUGGCGAGGCGGAGCUAGAAAAAGUGCGGCACAGCUUCGAGCUGCUGCUGGCGGAGGGAAAAGUCAACGCCACCGACACGCAGGCGCUUCCUGUACCACAUGUAUUUGUGCGGGGGGAGGAGGUGAAGAAAAAACGCGGUGGGCGUCGGGAGUUUCGAAAGCAGCGGGCACAAAUGGAUGCUCCGAGCGCUCUUGAGCGUGCCGUGUCGCACGUCAAAAUGGGCGUGAGCGAAGAAGAACAGUUGCAGACGCUCAUGCAGCGCAGCGAUGUGCGGGCGCAGGUGCUGAAGGGGCUGACAAAGGCACCCGAGCAGCGAAAGCGUCCACGGGAUGCGAAUGACGAUGAGUACGAUGACUUGUUGCAAAUCCGACUGUAA